GAAGAGGCUUGUAAGCUCCUACAGGCGCUUGAGUUCGUAUUCUUCACAUCCACGCCUCCUAGCUCUCCAACGCACUUGCAGCAACCACAGUUGGGUUGUUGUUGCGUCGCAGCACCAACACCCCGAUGAGGUACACCAGCAUCAUUAGUACCACCAACGUCCCAGUGCACACCAACAAGAAUAAGGACGGCACCAAUAGCUUAAGCACAGCACAGCAGCACCAGCAUCAUAACACACACCAUCAUUCUGCCGGCACCAGCAGUAUUACAGUUCCACCUUCGGCCUCAGAAGGCUCUCACGUCCGCGCCUACAAUAUCAUCACAAACUCCACUAAGAUCGGCAAGCCUUUCACUGUAUUUAAGUUAGGGGAGACUGUGUACAGCGGACCAGCCACUGGUCUUUGUUGUGGUGCGCGGCCGGACGAUGUAGCCAAGAGAGCUGCUGCUCCUCCCAGCCCCUCCAGUGACACGGCACAUCAUCACCCUCAGUGCAGCUUUGAUCCGGCCACGCACCACAAACACCACGCUCCGCUCGACCAUCUCACCAACGGCAAAAGUUCUCACUCGAAAUACUUCACCAGUUCUGCUCCUGACGCUCCACUUCUUCCUGUUUCAUGUUCUUCUAACGGGGCCGCCAAUUUCACUCCCGCUUUUCCUCUCACUUCCUCAUCUUCUUCAUCAUCUGAAAGGACUACAAUCAACGGAAUCGUGACUGCCCAGGAAGCCACAGACACAGUAGUGAAUAGUUUACCUUCGCCUCACUCCACCGAUCCUGGUCGUUCAUUUGAAGCUUCGUUACGUGAAUUGAACCUUACGUGCAGCAAUAGGAAAACGUCGUUACUGACAAUACAUGGAGGUCCCUAUUCUAAGGAAUUUUCAAAAGCAAGUUCAGUUGCAUCAAACUAUGCUAAUAAUGUCAGCCCAUCACAUUCGGUAUCUAAUGAAUCAAUAGGUUCGUCUGAUUUGAGAUCUUGUGGCGUGAGUUCUCCAGCUGAUAAUAAUAACUCAAAGGGUGUGGCUUGUACACUGAACGGAAAGGUUAGCGACUUGAUUCUUGGAAGAGAUAAAUCACGUGGAAUAGUUUCCGGUUGUAAAGCUGGUCCUAAAUCUCGCGUGCAGCGCCUGUCUGAAGUUUCGCCUACUCCACAAAUUCUUCUCCCGAGUUCUCAUGAAUCAUGUAUCAGCUCGACCCUUGAUGCACAGAGUUCACCUCUGGUUGGCAUAUCGGAUGAUCGCGAGUUGAUCAAUGAUACGGAGACUGAUUCAUCAGAAAAAUGCAUUAUUGAAGUCAAUGCAAGCACCGUAAGUGAGAAAUCUGAUGAAAAAACAACUUGUGACAGUUCUUUGAAACGUGACGAUGUAACUAACAAAAAACAAGUUGACUCGGAAGUUGAGAGCUCUGCCCCCGAUCUUAGCAGUACAAUUCAUACAGAGAACGAAUUGCAUCUUGAAAAUAAUCACUUAGUUUGUAGUUCCUCAAGUUCCCUGGAAGAAACAAACGAAAUUUUGAAGGACGACCGAGGUGUGUCUCUUUUUCAUGAGAACUCUAUCUUCAACACGGAAACUGAGUCCAAAUCGCCAGAGUCGAUUAUUGCUUUAGCUGAGGACGAUCCGCUAUUAAUAAAAGCAGAAGAAACUGCAUCGAUAUUAACCGUUUCUUCCAGCGACUCCAACUCCUCUUAUCAUUCCCCACAGAACGAUGUGAAUGAAGGUGAUAAUGGUGUGGUUAUUGAGAACUUGGGCGUGACCUCCACCAACGACGAGUCUUCGAACUUGGGAGAAGAAGUAUCUACUGGAGCAAAUACUGUCGAGACCGCCACUAAUAACGCCACGGAUCUUGAUUUAACUCCUAGUAAAAUAAUUGCUCCUGUCCAGCCAUUGGUAAAUCUUGGAGCCAAAGUAGAAUCUCCAAGAGUUGAAUCGAAGCCAAUACAUUUAACCAAUAGUUCUGAAUCUACGAGUUUUUGUACAAAAACUGAUACCAAGGGUUGCAAUACCGCAGUUCUUGCCAAAGUUGCUGGUCAAACUGUCAAGUGUUGCACAAGCAUUCGACGAUCUUCCCGCACGUCGCCCUCAGUCACUCCCAGCACAUCGCCUCUAGGCACCCCGAGCCAUUCACCGUUACCUCCUGCUGAUCCCUGCGAGGGCAGCCACCGGGAAACAACAGCACUUGCUGGUGUUUGUGGAAGAGCUCUACGUAGUCGUACUCUGAACAACGCAACAGUGACCGAAAAACUCGACACUAUUGAUGAGGAAGAAUCUUUAAUUGCUAAUAGAGAUUCUGAAAUCGGUCUUUGUUCCUCUAAAAAUUCCGAGCCUAUCGAGCCUAAAAGCUCUAAGUGUUCGGUAAGUAAUAGUCCCAGCACGUCUGAGAAAGCCAAUAGAGUUACCAAAGUCAACACUUCCUCCUGUACUAAUCGUUCUAAAGCCGUUGUAUGUAAAACUCGUUCUUCCAUUUCUAAGUCAGGCCAAGCUACAAGCAAGAAAACUGAUCCGCUAGAUGAUACGAGUAUUACAUCUUUAUCUUUAAAACAAUCUGAAUGUUCUAUUGCUUCUGAAACAAGUGAAAGGUAUGCAUUAAACGAAGAUAUAAAUAGAGUUAACGAUUCAUCAACUUCAUCAGGUAGAUCUCUUCCAUGCAAUGAUGAACUCAACACUGACCUAAGGUCUGGUCGAAACCUCCGAAGAAAAUCAGUACCUACACCGUGCAUUUCUGUAGUAAGUACAACUCCUUUGUCUACUACUAGCCACAGUCCUAGUCGUCGCACGACCCGCAGCUUGAGCAGUGACUGCGUUGACUUCAAUAACGAAAAUAAAUUAGCUUGUGCGUCCAAACUUCAUCGCCAGUCUUCUGUCAUCCCUGUUGUUGCUGUCAGCAGUUCACCUACUGUGUCUGUUGCCACGACUUUCUCGCAUUCUGGGGCUACCACCGUAGUUAGCUCAUCACAUUGUGCUACUAAAACUAGGCAUCACUCAUCAUCGCUUACAGCUGCUGUAAGUUGCACUACUGACAAAGUUUUUGUCGAUGAUAGCAAGUCAGUGAAGACGCCCACGCCGUUGUCAGGCAGUGGAACUCCACCACAAGAGAUGGUCCGGAUUAUUCAGGAUCAUUCGGAUGCUUUUGACUCCUUUUGCAGACGACGAGGCAAUCGAUCAUCACGACGCCUUUGCAGCUCCGACGCCUAUCUUGAUUGUGAAAAGCACCAACAAUAUACCAAGCUUUCAAAUUUGCGUAAAAAUUGUCGUUCAGAAUGUUAUUUUUCUGAGUCUGAAGAGAGCUGUGGCGGUAUUGAAGAUGGUCACCCCACCGUACGCAAUGGCAGAUCUACUGGCCAUGUCAGGGCAACUCACAACCUGGGCAGUAAUGGCUUGGGAGUCCAUUUAUUUGAAAAAAUGGCCACCCGAAACGCCAGCAAGGGUGCGAAUGACUCGUGUGGCAAUAUCGACUCCAUCAGUCAUCAUGAAAAUACUGGAAUAACCUGUAAUGGACAGGAGAGUGUGCGCCUGCGGUUAGUAAAUGGAUCAGUUCCAUUGCGUGGGCCUUCUAACAAUAAGCAUCGCAGUCACCGUUCUGCUUUAGCAAGCGAUGACUCCGACUGUAGCAGCACCAUAUCCAAGAAUAAUGGAUUAGAUAAUACAAGUGAUAAAGUAGAUAUAAACUUAUUGCUGGAAAUUUCUGUCGCCGAUAGAGAUAAAUUCGAGAGAAAAAAAUCUAUGCGACGCAAGAAGAAUGCCGAUUGGUGUUUGAUAUCAGAGACAGAAAAAAUUAUAAACGAAAAAGAAGAAAUUUUGAAAAAUAAAAAUCGUCCAGAUUCCAGCUCCGAAAAUGAGGAUGAAGAUGAUGAAGACGAGGACCGUAAACCACUUAAAUCACGUCGGCUUGAGUCACGGCUUCCUUCGAAAAAUUCCAUCGAUCAAAAUUCGUCAGAAGAUUCUGAUAGCAAUUUUUUUGUACCUGAAAGAAAAAAGUCUUGUCGUAAAGGUGUUGGGAAAUCUAUAUCUAAUGAUGAAUCUCUUAAAAAAAUUAAUAAAAAUACCAACGAUACCAAAAAGGAAAGUAAAAAUGAAUGCAUUAAGCCAGUGGAGUCGACAACUCACUCCAGGGAUACAAACUCUACCCCUGAUGUGUUGCAAUGUCACCCAAGGCAACAGUGUCAAUCUGAAACAACGGCGCCUAUGAGUCGACCCAAGGGUCGCCCAAAAGGCAGCAGGAAUCGACGUACUAUUUAUGAUCUGACUCGACUCAAUGAAGAUACUGAUGAUGACAAUUUUUUCUCUUUUCCUGUUAAUUCUGGUCUUGGUCAAAGUCCAGUGUCGGUGCUUUCGCGCGAUCGUCGCGCAUCUCGCUCCAACACAGCAAGGCUGAGUACUUCGGAUCUUCAAAAUUCAAGCGGAAUUUCAAAGAAGAGGCUUUCAGAUGCGGAACGUUUUUUGCGAGACAAUAGGGAAUAUUACCAGUUUCCUGAGACCAGAGAACGACUUAGAAGAAGCCAUGAUCGAAGUGAUGGAGAAAGAACGCGUUCUGAGGAUGUCAGUACGCCACACCCUAUUGAAGAGGAACCUUCAGACAGCAGACAAGAGAACACCAAAAAGACUAAACGAGGGAGACCUUCUCCAAGCGAUGAGAGUGUGAAAACUACGAACAAUCUAUUGUCGAGCAAGUCCAACGCGAGACGAAUUAUUCCAGGCCGAGUUACGAGAAAUCGAUGCCGGUCAAAAUGCAGCGAUGAUGAAGUACAAGAGGAUGAACACCAUGACUCCAAUGAUGAAUCAAAUGAUAAGUUACCCAAUGAUAACCUUGUCAAUCAUUCACAGGAUAAAGAGGAAGAAGAAGAAACUUCUUUCUCUGAUGGAGGUCCCGUCCAAAAUGUUGUACCCUUGUGUACAUCAGCAAUCGAUAAAAUAGUUUUUUCAUUUGAACAUAUUCCUGUAGCAGAGCCCUGGUAUAAAACUUACAAGCGUCAAAUAGAUGGCGACAAUUCCAAUGAAUAUCAUAAAGAGGAAGAAGCUCUUCGCUUCGUGUUGCCUUAUGAAAUGCCCCGAGAAUACUUUAGAGAUCACCUCGCAAGAAGAAACUUGGCAAAUAAAAAGCGAGCUGAUUUAGCAGAGUUGGCCCGUAAGAGUCCUCGAUGCCAUGCUUCUACCUUGGCACUUUUCAGUGAUAUUCUGCCGGGAAAAAAGAAUAAGAGCAAACGUCCAAAGAGUCAUAAUGGUUUGAAGGAAGAGGACCAAGGCACGUCCGAUGGCACCAGCACACCUGGGGGAGACUCUAACUCGCAAAUUCCACUUACAGAACACUUUGAAACUCUUGAUGAUUUUAUAGCCAUCGAGCAUUGUAUGAACGUGUUUUUACGUGCUGCCCAACAGAACAAAGAGUUACCAUCAAUGGAAGAACUGAAGGACGACCUCUCCCGUGAAGCGAUUUUAGGCAUGGACAAAAUUUCGCUGAAGGAUGAGAGUGAAAUAAAGAAUGAGCCUGAUAUAAAAAAGGAGCUACGAGAAGGGAACAGAAAGGUCAAACGCGACUUGAAAGAUAAGGCAAAAGAAGAAACUACUGAUGAUGAAGAGCCUGAUACGAAGAAAGAUGUUUCAAGACGGAAGAAGAGAAAAAGACUUUGUUCCAGUAGCAGUAUUAUGAGCAAUUGUAGUAGAGUAAUCAAAACUGAAAAAUCGGAUAUUAAAUUGAAGACGCCCGCAACCGAUCCAAUUGAAUUUUUAAAAGAGUUGAAACUCGAGAAUGAUCCUCUAGCUCUUGAAGUUGAUCCGUACUUUCUGGUUGAGAUGCGAGAACGAGCAACGGACGGUGAUUUGUGCUCGUUAUCUGGUACUUUAGAUCACAGUAGUGUCGAUAUUUGUACAAACGCUAGUAUGUGCAAAUGUGUAAGCGUUCCUCAGAACCAGUGUUACGACGAUGUCUCCAGCGUUGACGAUAUCACGGAAGCAAGUUCUGAGUGUCUCUCCAUUGUUGAUUCUGAAAAUAUGGAUGGUUCAAGUCUGGGCAAGUCACACAUUAAGAAAAGAAGAAAAAACCUCACCGGCUGGCCCAAAAUUAAGAGGAAACGCCUCACUCCGACCGUGCCGACUUCCGAGGACAACGACAGUGCCUUGGGCUUCGACGAUCACAUAUCUAGGAAACGCAUGCGCUCAGCCAGGACCGAUCAAGUCUUGGGCUCUACUCUGCAGGAGCUUGAUAGACGAGCGUCGCCGAGGAAAAAGCCCCUUGUUGUAGAUGCUGUUCCUCCUCGUCUCCGCAGUGCCAAGUAAACAUCGCCCCAUCAAAUGAGGCCAGCUCACUCCCACUUCUGAUACAUGUAAUGAAUAUGCGUCUUGAAUAUUAGGCUUCAUUAGCUCUUACGUAAUUCUGAACGGUGUUGCACCGACGCGUUAUUCGCCAUCACACAAUGGAUUUUUCCCUGCAGUUUAAUCCCAGGUGGAGUUUCCUGGAAGUCGUUUUAUUAGAGUGCGCGGCAUUUACUGGCCUAAGCAUCGGUGAAUUUCGUCCACUCCUGCGAUUGAUGUGUAAGAGGGUGCGUAUUUAGAGGUCCGUCGAGUUAAAAAUUCAUAGGUGUAUUUUGAUUUACGAAUUAUUUCAUUCGCACCUAUUGCCUUCCUAGUUUGCAUUCCAUGUAAAAAUGUUCAAUUUAUAAUAUGUUGCAUUUUUUUUCAUCAGCAUGGGGUGUGGGCUCGUCUGUCGAGUCGGCCUUGUAUUCUUUUCUACCUAGAGCGCUUUGUGUACAUUAUUUGAUGUGUGUACAGUAUUUCGAUGAUAGAGAUAGUAUUACAAAGGUCGUCGUAGUGUACAUACAUUUCUAGACGUCAGGAUUAUUGUUAAGUCAUAACUUAUUGCAAAAGAAGUGGGUAAAAUUUUCAUUUUAAUACAAAAAUACCAUUGGAAUGUUCGAAUCUAUGUAGCGACAGCUAUUUCGUUUGGGCGUCAAUCACGAGAACUUGAAAUUCUCAAAGUUUUUAAUAGAAAAUAUAAUUUUUAUUUUGGUUAUUAGCAUUGCCGAUCACUGACCGUGUUUAUUUACUGAUCAGUGCAGAGGGCUUGCUAAUAAUUCCAUAUUCUUGUUGAAAGUGAUUAUUCAAAGCGAAGACUGCAUUUUUUGCAAUAACAUUGCAAUAUGUAUGCUAUGUAUAUUAGAUGGAGAUAGUUUAAUUAUAUCUGAUAUGAUGUAAUAUGAAUCGACUGAAUUAUGAAGCUUUAAUCGUUUUUUUGCCACUAGUACUACAAAUGAAAUUGUUUGGCUUGCGAAAUGUUGUAAAGAAAUACAAUCAGUGUUGUGCAUAUGUUAAGUAAGGUUCAGUUGCUGCAGUGUGGUAUCAAAUAAGCAAGUGCACGAAUUAUGGAAAUUAAGGUGUUCUUAGAUCCUUGUUUUUCUAUGAGGUCGUCUCGGUUUACUUUGCUUCUUGUUUAAUUUGACAGAUCAAACUUAGUUCUCUAUUUAUUUUUAGAUUAUUUAUAUGGAUUAUUUCGAUAAGAAAUCACGGUAGUCAUUUUAAUGUUUAGUGUUUCUAUAGUCGCACGGUUCUCUUCUAUCAGUGAUUUUGAUUGCUAAUUUGAUUAGCUCUCAAAGAAUAUUCAUUGCCUGCCCUUAUAUUCUAUUUGUUAAGCACUUUUGGUCUAUUAAUUGAGCUGUGAUCUAUUGCUCUAUUGUGACCAGUAUUUCUGUUGAAAAAAACUUGGCUCUUUGUAGGUCCUUCCUUGCUUCAUGCUUUUUUUCCGAAUACGUAGGCAAUUUUCUUAGGUUUCGUUUGGUGAUUUUCGUUGUAAGAUUAUCACCUCAAAGUAUUGAUAUUUCUUUGUUAAUGAUUUGGACCGGGGUAGUAAUGAAGUGGCAAUAUGUCCGAAUAAAUGCCAGUAAUGCCUCAAUGUUACUGCUUUAUUUUGUCAGGUCCACUUCUCAUCAUGGCAAAAUUAAUUUCGAGGGAUUGAUUUGUCCUUUUGUACAGUCGAGACUUUGUACAGGACAGGUAGAUGUAGGUUUUAUUUUAUCCGUGUAUAAAACAAAUACAUGUCACUCGUCUAAACGCGACCGAAUUUUCUACUCGUUAUUUGAGCGGUUUGUUCUAACGUAUAUGAUAUAAAUGAUACGGAGAAGUUAAUGGCACAUAGAAAUAACAAAAUUUAUUGUCCCGUUGGCAAAAUCUUGUAAGAGUUACAAAAAAGUCAACUACUCAGCGGUUGUUAAAAGUCGUAACAUAUUUAAUUCAUCUAAAACCAUUAAAUGUACCAUUGGCUUCCCGUUGUCUUGAUGAUUUUAUGGCAGAAACGAUUGUGUGCGAAAAAAAUUCAUCUUGGUUGAGUGAUUGGCUCACAUCGUGAAUAAAACUUUUGAUUAAAAA